CGCGCCGCCCCCGCGCGCCGGCUGGCGGGCGGCAUGGAGCCGCCCGCGGGCGGGCGGGGCCUCCGGAGCGCGCCGGCGUGCGCGCCCAGGCCGGGGCCCUCGAGGAGCGAGCAGUCCGCGAGCGCAUCCGCGUCGGCCAGGGCCCUGUCGGCGCACGCCGCGUCGGAGCCCUGGGUCAGAGCGGAGACGUGGUCGGCGGCCUGCAGCGAGAGGACCUCCCACGCCAGGUCGGAGUCCGGCAGCGGCGCGCGGGAGCCCGGGAGCCCCGCGGCGGCGGGCCUCUGUCGGGGGCCCUGGGGCGGGGCGGAGAGGGGCGUGUCGCACGGCGAGCAGAUGCAGGGGCUGGCCGGCCUCAUGCAGGUGCUCGACGUGGAGGUCGAUAGCAUCGCACCCGAGGUCUGGCGGCAGCUGCUGCUGAUGCUGCUGAUCCGCCUCCGGGCGAAGCGCGCGCGGGCGAGCGUGGAGGGCACGCUGCCGCGGCGCACGCUGCAGCUGCUGCACCGCGUGCUGCACCGCUCCCGGCAGCCGGAGGGCGCCGGCCCCCUCGGCGGGCCCUGCGAGCCCGACGAGGGCGCGCUCGGUGCGGACUUGGCCGGGCUGCGGUGCCGAGUGGACGGGGGCGUGCUGGCGUACGUGCACGUGCAGCCCUCGGGGGAGGCCAGGUACCCCGCCGACCUCUUCGCGCGCCUCGGCCUCGCCUUCGCGGAGGGCGGCGGCGCCGAGGGCGCCGCGGCGGGCGCCCGCGGCGCCCCGCCCCGCGGGCGCGGCGGCGCGCGCACGCCGCCGGGGCCGCCGCCCAGGUGUGGGUUGAGCGCCGCGAGCUCUGAGGCCGCAGCCCCGUGCCAGCUCAGGGCGCGCGCGUCGGGCGCGGCCUCGCAGAGCAUGGACGCGCUCGAGGCCCCGAGAGCAGCCCUGCCGCCGUGCGCCCUCGCCGUGCGGGCCGCCUGCGGGAGGAUCAAAUACGACGACCUGGAUUUCAAGCAUGCCCCGAAGUGGCCACAAGCCCAUAGGUUCCGACUUGUGAUCGAUCGGCUUCUAGAUCUGUCUGGCGGCUAUAACAUACUUUCUACUUCAAUGAUCAACGGUUUCAAGAAAUAUUCGCUUGACAAUGGAAUGGACUUGAGCAAAUCAGAUUGUGAUCACAACUCCUAUGCGAUCCGCGCUGCGAUCGCCCAGAUGGCGAACCAUAAGCAUCACGAGCGAGGUGUGCCGAGCAGCUGGCAGCGGUACUUCGAGGCAAUUUACGACAAGGUCCGCAUUAGUGAACGUAAACGCCCUACCCCCAAUAAAGAUGAUACUGCGAGAAGUCCUUCUAUUCCAUCCGUCAUGUCCAUGGCGGGUUCGUCAAGCAAGAUGGCGUCUCCUACCGACGCUCUGCAGGUGUGCUCGUCUCCCGAACUUCUCCAGAGCAGCCAGGAGCACGGGCCCGAACUUUUUGAGUCCGUCCACGCCGUUGUGGCAAGCCUUUUGAAACAAGGGGACGAGGAUAUCGACGCCCUCUUGCCACCAUGCGCCACGCCAGCCAAGAAGCAUGUGCAGGGAGCUUGGGAUACUAGCGAGCUUAGCUUUUCUCCAGGAGCCCUGGCCAAGUUGAGCGAAGGCGAUGGAGAUAUCGCGCCUGGCGGCUGGAGAGAUUUCAAUAAGGAUCUCAAGGAUAAGAAGAGGAAGCUCGGGACGAUCUCAAAGAAGCCGUCGGCGAGGGCCAAGAAGAGGCCUGCAGCCACCCAGGUUCCUGAGCCAGCCGAUGCAGGUGAGAGGGCGCAGCCUAGGAUCGACCCAGAGGUGUCGCCCCAAGAUGGCCCAGACGUGGACAAGUUCGACAGGAGCAUUGUUGACGAAGACCCGACUGUCUUACAAGGAUUCUUGCACGAGUUGGAGAGCAUGACGACCAUCUUCGCGGCGUGGCUCGUCCAAGUGGGAGACCAUCGGUACACUGAGAGCCUUCGCCAAGCAAUCAACGAACUUGCUCUUGAAUCUUCGAUUCUGGCGAGCAUCGGGGAGGAGGCCCAGCAGGGCAGGGUGCAUGAUCCGAUCUCGUGCGGCACCUUCGGCGUCAGGAUGAUGGACCUCAUGGAGAAGCGCACCGAGCUCAAGACUACUGUGGAGGGGCACAUCAACCCAAAGGUCAAGGUCGUCAAGCGCCACCCGAGCGACGAGAUCACUGAGCCCAAGCGGGGCCCCGAGCCGCUCAAGGACCUCGAGUCGAGCCCCGAGGCGGCCGGCCCCUCAGACGGCGAGGAGCACAUCGAGGACAGCCAGUUAGCCAAGGCAAAGGAGCUGCUGGCCGACGCCGAGCAGCGCAAGCGAGCUCAGUCCUCCAUGGUGCACUUUCUGCAGGCUCACAACAAGAAGGAGCAGUACGAUCAUUCACCAGACGAUGUCAAAAAGGAGUUCAUGAGCGCAUGGUUCGCUCAGCACCUCGCUGAGAAGAGAACGAAGGCUACGAUGAAGCAGUCCCAGAAGGUGCAGCAUAGCAUUCAGUCGCAUCAUCAGUUCACCUGGAUGAGCAAGCAAACGAUGAUCAACCACUUUGGCGAGCAGAAAACAAACGAUAAGAUAUCUUCGGGCAAGCUCGAGGUGAGGGCCGACCCCGACUCGGGGCCAAUGGACGAGUGGAAUGCGGAGUACAAGAUCUGGAACGACUCAGGUGGCCGCUCAGAUAGGAAAGACGAGGAUAAAGAGAUCCAAGGCGACACCGAGUUGACCGACGAUGAGUUGAAGAAAGCAGCGGUCGACCUCUUCAACGAGAACGCACAGUUUUUCGCCGCGGUGGGGCUCCCGUCAAGUGGGAGUGGAUCGUCGGCCGUCUUCAGGGGCGCCCCCAUCAAGAAGGAGCCCGUCACCGAGACCAGCGCUGCCGCGGGCGGGGACCCGAGGAAAUUGCUGCGCCAUCUAGGAGACAUCGUUGUGGAGUUGAAGGCUAUGUUCCAAGCCACCGAGCAGGAGAAGUACGCUGGGGGGCUCAACUCCGACAUUGGCAGGCUGCUGCCGAAGGUGUCGAGCAUGUACAAGACCAUGGAGAGGGCGGCCCUUGCUAAGGAACCAAUUUCAUGCGAGGAGCUGGUCGCCAUCUCAACGAAGAUGGACACGCUGUUCACGGAGUUCAACCACCUCAGCGAGUGGCACGCCAAGUUCUCGAACCCCAACCCGAAGAGGAGCCGCAAAGCCUAG